AUGUCCUUGGUUUGGGCUAACACUCCCUCUGUAUUCUCUUUUCUAGUUGUUGGUUAUCUGGCACGAGGUAUAAAGACUGGGAAAAAGAAAAAGAAAGAAAGAGUUUCCCAAGGACUGAAGUCUUUUCUAGUUGUUGGUUAUCUGGCACGAGAAACUAACUUUCUAAAAGUCAUGGUUAAUAUUCCAUUUGCAUUUAAACGACUGGAAUCACUAUUGUUCAUGAGCUCUGUUCAGGAGGAAUUCUCUGCCAUUAAAGAGUCUUUUCAAACUUUGAAGGUAGCUUCUACAGAGCUCAAGAACAGCAGACUAUUCCUGAAACUCUUAGAAGCAGUUCUCAAAACUGGCAACCGCAUGAAUGAUGGUACCUUCCGUGGAGGUGCACAGGCAUUCAAACUCGACACGCUUUUGAAACUGUCUGAUGUAAAAGGAACGAAUGGCAAGACCACACUUCUACACUUCGUUGUUCAAGAGAUCGUUCGAUCAGAAGGAAUAAGAGCUGCACGUACAGCAAGACAGAGCCAGAGCAUGUCCAACAUAAAAACAGAGGAUCUUGUUGAGGAUUCUACUCAUGAAACUGAAGAGUACUAUCGAAACCUUGGCCUUCAAGUAGUUUCGGGGCUAAGCAAUGACUUGGAGAAUGUAAAAAAGGCAGCAGUCAUAGAUGGUGAUAGUCUUACGGCAACGGUAUCUAAACUUGGAAGCUCACUAUCAAAAACUAAACAGUUCCUAAACAAUGAGAUGAGUUCAGAGGAAGAUAGCAGGUUCUAUACUACUCUUGCAAAUUUUGUACAGCAUGCAGAAGAUGAGAUCACGUGGAUGCUAGAGGAAGAGAAGAGGAUAAUGGCUCUAGUGAAGAGCACAAUAGAUUAUUUUCAAGGGAAUGCAGGAAAGGAAGAGGGCUUGCGGUUGUUUGUAAUUGUUCGUGAUUUCUUGAUAAUAUUGGACAAGGCAUGUAAGGAGGUGAGAAACUCCGCAACAAUGCCUUUAAGGACUCCCAGGAAAGAGACUUCAUCAGCAGCAUCAACUUCUUUUGAAUCUCGUCAGCCUUCUUUGCCUGAUGUUCGCCAACGAAUAUUUCCAGCCAUCAGGGAUCCUCGGAUGGAUAAUUCAAGUUCUGAUGACGAGAGCUAGUCCCCGUAACUCUUCAUCGAUCAAGGUGGCUUUGAAGUCUUGGUGGCUGUGGAUGGUCAGAAUUGUGUUAUCCCUGCAACAAUACGUGAAGCUUCGAGUUCUUAUCAUGAAUUUUCUCUAGAUGAUAAAUGUAAAUGAAAAUUAUUUGUUCCUGGAAGAGAAAAGGGAUGUCUUUUACAUUCAGUAAAAAGAGCAUUGUAUAUAAAGCAUCAAAUUGAAACAAGAGUCACUGUAGUUACUGCCACGCUCUUCACCAGCACUCUGUAUCCAACUUCUCUCAUCAAAGGUAAGGAUGACAAUUGUAUUGAUUGUUUUCAUGUCUUUCGCCUUCUAUGUUGUAUAGUUUUUUGGAAAUUGGAGGUAGGGAAGCCAAAAAAAAAAAUUCAUUGUUGACAUUCUUUCGCUUUCAGUUUCUUGAUCUUCUGAUGCUGUCAUUGAUAUUUGAUU